AUGGGUAUCGGCAGCGGCAUCGCCGUUUCACUUUCCUUCAUAAGCUGCAUAUGGCUACCUGCAACACUCCUGUGUUGCCUGCCGUGGGUCCAGAGGCAGAUGCUGUAUUUACAUUGGGUCACCAUGUUUCCCGGCAAAUGGCUUGAAGAGCCCGAAAGAGCUGGUUUUUCGAAAAAUCAGGUCACGCCCUUCCGUAUCGCGACCAAGGACGGUCACAGACUCUUCACGUGGCUUGUCGCACCGCUGGGCGUGUAUGCCAGACAUCUACAUGACUUCGUUCAUGAGCAGUCUGGUGUUGAAGACGUCACCGAGAAGCUAGCAUUCCGAUUGUUGCGAGACGAUCCGGAGGCACGCCUGCUCAUCUACUUUCACGGCAAUGCGGCAACGCUGGGACAGCAGAGACGGACAGAGGAAUACAGAUCCUACUCUUCUGGCGCGUGUGAGAAAGUCUUUGUGCUGGCAUUUGACUAUCGUGGGUUUGGAAAGUCUGGUGGUGUGCCCUCGGAGACCGGCCUCAGAAAGGAUGCAGAAGCUGUCGUCGACUGGGCUUUGCAUGUCGCAAGAAUACCUCCAAGCCGCAUCGUGCUUCUGGGUCAUUCGCUAGGGACAGCUGUUUCUACAGCUGUGGCAGUACAGUAUGCUGAUAUGGGCGUCGAGUUUGCCGGUAUCAUACUGUGUGCUGCAUUCACAAACGCAGGCAACGCGUUCGCCUCCUACUCAAUCGCCGGCGUCGUACCCGUGCUUGCGCCCGUCAAGAUGAUCCCCGCUGUCCAAGCCUGGUUCAGUCGCAGGAUGCGGGACACUUGGCGGACUGACGUGCGUUUAGCUGCGCUUGCUCGCAAGUAUUCGAAGCUUCGACUCGUCUUGGUACAUGCGGAGGACGAUGGCACGAUGCCAUGGAAUCAGACUGAAGAACUGUUCAAGUCCACACUCAAAGCCGCAACUGGAGCCAAUGUGGAUGGCGAUGCCUGGAGUGCGCCGAAACACGACACGGUCGAUCUGGGCGAGGCUGGCAGACAGGAAAUCUGGGAAAAGGGUAAUGCGCGCAUCGAGAAGCUUGUAGCCAAGCACGGAGACCACAACCAGAUGAUGACAUGGAGUCCAAUCGCCCUUGCGAUUCUCCAGACCUUCGGAUUGACGGCUUCGACCACGCGCUUGUAG